UUGAGUCAAAUGAUUUGACCAAAAUUCAAUGUAAAUGUAAACAAUCCAAUAAACAAAUCAUUGAUGUUUUAAACCAUGGAUGGAUUGGUUCGACUGAUUACAUUUCCUUUUCAAUUUAUUUAUGAAACAUUACUCAGUGCUCUCCGCUUAGCCUGGAAUUUGGUCCGUAGAAGGAUUGAUAUCGUUGAUCCAUUAGGCGAUACUUUGAAGUUUAUAUCUGAUUUUGAGUCGGUAUAUGGUACAGAACAUCCUGUUUUUUAUAGAGGAACUUAUGAGCAAGCUCUGAGUGAUGCGAAGAAGGAAUUGAAAUUUCUACUGAUUUAUCUUCAUAGCGAACAUCACCGAGAUACUCACGAUUUUUGCACUAACGUUCUAUCUCAUCAAUUGGUAAUAAACUAUAUCAACCGUAAUAAACUUCUAUUUUGGGGCUGUUCUGUCGAUUCAAGAGAAGGAUAUCGGGUUUCUGUCUUGUUGCGAGCCUCGACUACGCCUUUCCUCGCUCUUUUUGCUUUAAAAGACAAUCGAAUGAACGUUGUGCGAACUUUUUUUGGACCAACAUCAGUUGAAAGACUCUUAAGUAAUAUUCAGCAAGCAAUCGAAGAAAACGAAGGUUCCCUAAUUGCUGCUAGAUUGGAACGCCAAGAAAGAACCAUGAAUCAACGUUUGAGAGAAGAACAAGAUGUGGCCUAUAUGGAAUCACUUCGUGCUGAUCAGGAGAAAGAUCGCAAAAAACAAGAAGAAAAAGUUAAAAAAGAGAACGAGGAACGGGAACGUAAGCAGAAAGAGUUGGAAGAAGUCCAACAAAGAGAGCUCUUAUUGAACUUAAAAGUUAGCCUAGCUACUGAGAUCCCCAAUGAACCGCCUGCAGAUGACCCCGAAUCCAUCAGGAUUGUUAUAAAAUUACCAAAUGGAACUCGUUUAGAACGGCGAUUUAGAAAAUCGGACCCCUUAAAAUAUUUAUACUAUUUCGUGUUUUGUAAUGAACAAAGCCCACUGAAAUUUCAAAUCACUACGAAUUUCCCUAGAAAAGAACUGCCUGGAAGUCACCCCACUCUUGAUAAUAAAGAAAACUGUUCUUUAACUUUUGAUAGCGCAGGACUUGGAAAGUCACAAGUUUUUUUUGUACAUGACUUAGAAGCUUAAAUUUCCGAUAUCUUUGUUAUUAACAAAAUUACCAUUUACUCUGGAAAUAAAUUUUUUGCAAAAUUACCAAUAAAUGCUUAUUAACAUGUAAA